AUGAAGGACUAUGGCACUAGAUUCUUGGUACAGCCACACAGUCCAGGAGGUGGAGGAUUAGCCCUGUUCUGGAAACAAGAGAUAGACCUCACUGUGCUUUCUUCUUGCCAAAACUAUAUAGAAGCUUCAGUGACCUACAAGGGAAAAAGAUUCAUUACCCACUUCGUCUAUGGUGAACCGGAUCACUCUAAAAGAAAGGAGAUUUGGGAGGAACUGACAAGCAAAAACGGGAACAGGGACUUACCCUGGUUUUUAACUGGAGAUUUCAACGAUAUCCUGGAUCAUGGAGAAAAAUCCGGAGGUCCACCACGGACUGAGGGCUCUUUUGGAGAAUUCAGAGCCUUUAUCUCUCAGUGUGAUCUUUAUGAUAUUCCCCACUCAGGAAAUCCCUUAUCCUGGAGAGGUGUUAGAUACACUCAUCUUGUCCACUGCCGCCUUGACCGAGCUAUGUCCAAUGGCCUCUGGGCUGAAACGUACCCGGCAAGUCGCUGCUACUACCUGGAGUUCGAGGGAUCGGACCAUAGACCUCUCCUAUCCAUGCUCGAACCAAACCUAAAGAAAAAGAAAGGCAUCUUCAGGUAUGACCGCAGUAUGAAAGACAACCCAGCCAUUACGGAGAUAGUAGAGAGGGCUUGGAACCAACCUGACAGAGUAUCUGUCGAACAACGAAUUGCCUGCUGCAGAAAAGAAAUCUCUAAGUGGAACAAAGAGCACCACAGAAACUCACAAAAAGCUAUAAAGGAGGAAAAACAAAAUCUGGAGUUAGCCAUGAGUUCAUCGGUACUUGAUCAAGACAGGAUAGUGGAAAUAAACACAAACCUCAAAACAGCGUACCAAAAGGAGGAAGAAUAUUGGCGCCAGCGAAGCAGGACCCUGUGGCUCGCCUUGGGGGAUAAAAAUUCCGGUUACUUCCACGCCAUCACAAGAGGAAGAAGAGCAGUGAACAAAUUAGCAAUCAUUGAGGAUGUAAAUGGAGUAUCUAUGUACGAGGAAGACAAAAUAGUACAAGUUAUAAACUCUUACUUCCAAGACCUCUUCAUAACCCGAUCAGCCAACUGUAUUGAAACAGUUAGCCAAGCCCUAAAACCAUGUAUCUCGGAUUCGGUGAAUGCAAUGCUGAUAGCAGAUCCUAGCCCGGAUGAGAUCAAAGAAGCUCUCUUCUCCAUUAGCCCCGACAAAGCUCCGGGCCCAGACGGUUUCUCCGCCUGCUUUUUCCAGUCUAAUUGGUUAGUCAUGGGAAUAAAGAUAAUUCAGGAAGUACAACAAAUCUUUGCCUCAGGAAUCUUACCCAAGUCUUUAAAUGAGAUGCAUGUCAGGCUGAUCCCGAAAGUCCCAAGUCCGAGAACAGUUGCAGAAUACCGCCCCAUAGCCCUCUGCAACGUCUACUACAAAGUGAUCUCGAAGAUCCUCACAAAACGACUCCAACCGAUCCUGCCUACAAUAAUAUCAGAAAAUCAGACUGCUUUUGUCCCGGGGAGAGCGAUAUCAGAUAACGUACUUAUUACACAUGAGACGCUACAUUACCUUCAACGAUCCGGCGCCAUCAAACAUUGCUCUAUGGCUGUUAAAACUGACAUGAGUAAAGUCUACGACAGGCUGGAGUGGGGCUUCGUGGUUGCAGUGAUGGAACGGCUAGGCUUUCACCCUAAAUGGAUCAAUUGGGUACUUCGGUGCAUCUCCACAGUAUCUUACUCCUUCCUAGUGAAUGGUGCAGCCCAAGGGAGAGUCAUUCCAGAGAGAGGUAUCAGGCAAGGCGACCCCCUCUCCCCUUUCAUCUUCAUCCUCUGCGGUGAAGUGCUCUCGGGACUGUGCAUGAACGCCCUGAAUAAUGGAACUCUCGCAGGUCUCAGAGUAGCCAGAAGAAGCCCCAGAAUCAACCACCUUCUCUUUGCCGAUGACACGAUGUUCUUCUGCAAGACAUCCCCGCAAAGCUGUGAAACCCUAAGAACCAUACUCCAAAAGUAUGAAGACGCUUCAGGCCAGAUGAUAAAUCUCCAGAAAUCAUCCAUCACCUUCUCUAGGAAAACACCACAAGAAAUACGGCAAAGAGUCAAAUCUACACUGAACAUAGACAAAGAGGGUGGACAAGGGAAGUAUCUUGGCUUACCAGAGAGCUUUGGGCGCAAAAAGAAGGACAUUUUUUCUCGAAUUGUCGACCGCAUCAGACAAAAGUCUAUCCACUACUCCUCAAGAUUCCUCUCGAACGCCGGCAAAGUCACCAUCAUAAAAUCAGUACUCGCCACUAUUCCCACAUAUUCUAUGUCAUGCUUCAAGAUACCUACAGGCCUAUGCAAACGGAUACAAUCAGCCUUGACUAGAUUCUGGUGGGAUUCUAAACCUGGGAAAAGAAAAAUGUGUUGGCUAGCUUGGGGAAAACUUACCAGACCAAAAAACCAGGGAGGUCUAGGCUUUAGAGAGAUCCAGAGCUUCAAUGACGCACUCCUAGCUAAGUUGAGCUGGAGAAUCCUCACCAAGCCGGACUGUCUCCUAAGUAGAAUCCUUAAAGGGAAAUACUGCCAUGAGAUCGACUUCCUGGACGUCCCGAUAUCAUCCUCCACGUCACAUGGCUGGCGCGGCAUCUUGAUUGGCAGGGACCUUCUGAAGAAAAACUUGGGCAAAGUCAUCGGAGAUGGCAAAGAUACGUCGAUGUGGAACGACCCCUGGUUAUCUCUGGAUCACCCUACUCGUCCGAUGGGACCACCAAACCUACAAGACAAAGAUCUUAGAGUCUCAGCAAUCAUCAAUGAUCAAUCUUGA